UGUGCAGCGCGCCCGCACUCCUUCAGUAGUAGGAGGAGGAACCAGGAAUCUUCGCUCAUUUACUUAACACCGCUUCCCCACCGCCAGGAAAGCAAACACGCUCCUGAAGCUGCAGAGUGCGAGAAGAGAGAUCGAUGCGAGUGAGUGUCUGCAGAAAGCUGUCACCUAGAGCCCCUCGAUUUAAAGCGUCCGCUUUUUCUUCCUCCUCAUCUCAGGAGCUCCGAGUCAACAGGAGCGUGUUGUCACUGAUUUGCUGGGACACUUGGGGGGGAAAAGACCUGCGGGCUCUCUCCUGGGCAUGGAGAGGCUCUGAUCGGUAAUCGGAUUUUUCCUGCAUAUGCCUUAUUCUAAAUGAUGGAGAGUUGACGACUUGAAAGCAACCUGACAAACACCAGUGUGAGAGGAUAAAGAGGUUUAAGCUCUCUCUCUACAGGAGCAGGGCUUCUUAUUAACUAAUCCAAGGACAUUACACAUCCUCAGGAUCAUUGUCAUGGCAGCAUAUGGACAGACUCAGUACAGCCCUGCCCUCCAACCUGCAGGACCAUACGCAUCGUACACGCACCACACACAGGGCUACAGCAUGCCAUCUUACAAUAUUAAAACUGAGGAUGGCCUAAGUCACUCACCAGGACAGACAGGACUACUGGGCUACUCCAACUUCAGCAGUACUCCAUCAAGUCAAAGUCUCUACAGCUACUCUCAUACACAUGGUAGUGGCAUCUCAUCUGGAAUUUUUCAAGGCACCCAUGCAAUCUCAAGUUCAACCCCUUUCAACCCUGCACAACAAGAGUUUUCAGCGUAUUCAAGCUACAGUCAGAGUCAAUACUCGCCGUAUUAUAACUCGCAUCACUACAACAGCCCCUAUCUAACCAGUAGCAACAUCAGCCCUGCUGCGAUCACUGCUCCAUUAGCCUAUCAGCACCCAGAACACCCAAUUAUGUUGCCCAAUCACAGCCCAGAGUCGCAUACAGGAGAGUACCACCCACCACCCAGCCCCCCCACACCAGGUAAAGAGGAGGGGGUCCCAACACGAAGGGGUUCAGAUGGCAAGUUAAGAGGAAGAAAAAGAGCCAGUGACCCCGCUCCACCUUUGGACUCUGAUAUUGAGCGAGUGUUUAUCUGGGAUCUGGAUGAAACCAUCAUUAUUUUCCAUUCGCUCCUCACGGGAACUUUCUCCUCACGAUUUGGCAAGGACUCUUCAAAGGCAGUGUCUCUGGGUUUGUGGAUGGAGGAAAUGAUCUUCAACUUGGCUGACUCGAGGCUUUUCUUCAAUGACCUGGAGGAAUGUGACCAAGUUCAUAUUGAUGACGUGGCAUCAGAUGACAAUGGACAGGACCUGAGCACUUACAACUUUGGGUCAGAUGGUUUCCAGAGCCCAGCAGGAGCAGGAUCUCUGUGCCUGGGGUCAGGGGUCCACGGAGGGGUGGACUGGAUGAGGAAACUAGCUUUCCGAUACCGCAGAGUCAAGGAGAUCUACAACACAUACAAAAAUAAUGUUGGGGGUUUACUGGGCAGCCCCAAGCGAGAAGAGUGGUUACAGUUAAGGAGAGAGAUGGAAGUCCUCACUGACCUGUGGCUGACUCAAGCACUCAAAGCUCUGGCUCUCAUCAACUCAAGGCCUAAUUGUGUGAAUGUGUUGGUGACCACUACCCAGCUCAUUCCAGCCCUGUCCAAGGUGUUACUCUAUGGUUUAGGUUCAGCCUUCCCCAUAGAGAACAUAUACAGUGCCACCAAGACAGGCAAAGAAAGUUGUUUUGAGCGUGUCUCUCAGAGGUUUGGUCGGAGAGCAGUCUAUGUGGUGAUAGGAGAUGGAGCUGAAGAGGAGACUGUAGCCAAGAAGAAGAACAUGCCAUUCUGGAGAGUGUCCUGUAGGGCUGAUCUCGAGGCUUUGAGCCACGCACUGGAGCUGGACUACCUCUAGAGGGCGCCAUCCAUCACAUUCUGCUCUUCUGCUUGUGUUAUGAGAAACUCUGGAGCUCCUGAGUGCACCUUGCAGGUGAAGAUUCCCCUAGAGACUGAUUAAAAGUCAGUCACUGCUAUAUUGAGCGAGCACUCUGGCAGACAAUUUUAUACCAGAGCCAAUGGAUUUUGUGGGGAUUCUGAAGCAAGGCCGCAGUGUCUGUGAUACAUAAACAUGAAAAAAGGGCUGGAAACAAAAUAAAAGACCAAAGUGAAAUAAGGGACCAAAGCCUCAUAGCUAACUCCAGGGAAUUAUGGUUAAUAAAAUAUUAAUCAUAUAAAGCAACAAACUUACUUUUUAUUUUUUUUAUUCAUCUCAAGUUUAUAAAUUGUGUCCGUUUUCAGGAUAUUUACACCCUGUUUAGUGAUCACGGUGAGUAAAGUUCAGAUUGUUGAUGACUUUUUCUGCUGUGUCUUUAUAUUUCUUUUGAGACUUAACACAUUUUUUUCCUGGCCAUUACUGUUGUAAAGACAAAAUUAGAAACAAGAUUUGUGAUAUUGUGAUUUUAAUCAUCUAAAUAAAUGUUAAAUACCAUUCUCUUUAAGGUAGGGGCUAUUAAACAGGCUGCAUUUCAGCUUUACAGUGUGAGCUAUUUAUUGGUUCAGUUUUACAAUACAGUACGGUAAUAGUUUGGGAGCUCUGCAUAAAACAAUAAUCACAGUUAAAGACCAAAAAUCUGCUCAAAAUGUUUUGAUGAGUUGGCUUGAAGAUGCUGUAUUAUAGGCUGGUGCUUGAAUGAAUCUUUACCUUUAAUUAUGGGUUGUAUAUUGUUUUCUUUACUGUCAUUAAGUUCCUAAUAACCUGUUUGUAAUAUAGUUGGACUGGUAUGAUUGUGCAUGUGCCGAUUACACUGCCUGUCAGCUUAGCAAUGAUCUGUAUAUAAUGCUUGGUUGCCAACUUGUUUUGACAGACAGUUGAAGUAGAUUAAUAAAGAUAAAUUAAUUACACUGAGGGCAAA